GCGGUGGCCGGCGCGGCGCCGCGGUGGCGCGCACGCGCCUGAGCGCGCGCCCGGUGGGGCGGGCCGGGACUCGCGGGCCGGGACUCGCCGCUCGCACGCCCUUGGGCCGGGGCCGGGAGCCCACUCUACUUUCCGCUUCCGAAGCACUGUCCGCCGAGCCGGUGGAUGUGCGGCAAUAACAUGUCUGCUCCGUUGCCCUCCGUCGUUCCUGCCGCCCGGAAGGCCACCGCCGCGGUUAUUUUCCUUCAUGGAUUGGGAGAUACUGGGCACGGAUGGGCAGAAGCUUUUGCAGGUAUCAGAAGUUCACAUAUCAAAUAUAUCUGCCCGCAUGCGCCAAUUAUGCCUGUUACAUUGAAUAUGAAAAUGGCUAUGCCUUCUUGGUUUGAUAUUAUUGGACUUUCACCAGAUUCUCAGGAGGAUGAACCUGGAAUUAAACAAGCAGCAGAAAGUGUAAAGGCUUUGAUAGAUCAAGAGGUGAAGAAUGGCAUUCCUUCUAACAGAAUUAUUUUGGGAGGAUUUUCUCAGGGAGGAGCCUUGUCUUUGUAUACUGCUCUCACCAUGCAGCAGAAACUGGCCGGUGUCACUGCACUCAGUUGUUGGCUUCCACUCCGGGCUUCAUUCCCACAGCAUCCUAUCAGUGGUCCUAAUAGAGAUAUUUCUGUUCUUCAGUGCCAUGGAGAUUGUGAUCCUUUAGUUCCCCUAAUGUUUGGUUCUCUUACUGUUGAAAAACUAAAGACUUUGGUAAAUCCAGCAAAUGUAACCUUCAAGAUCUAUGAAGGCAUGAUGCACUGUUCAUGUCAACAGGAAAUGAUGGAUGUUAAGCAAUUCAUUGAUAAACUCCUACCUCCGGUUGAUUGACAUCACUAAGAGGCCUUGUGUAGAAGUACACCAGCAUCGUUGUAGUAGAGUACAAACCUUUCCCAUGCUCAAUCUUAAAACUUCUAAAGUUUGCAGUGUUCAAAUGUUUUGCAGAUACACACCAAUGAUACAGACUAAAUAAUGUCUCCACAUGGGAAAUUUAUGACCUUUUAAGUUUCUACACAUGUAUUUGUAUAAGAUGAUCCAGAAUAUACUAGUAUUAAAAUAAGUGAAGCAGCUAGCUGCUUUUUCUUAAAUGUAAUUCAGCAAAAUAAAAUACUACAACCAAAUUUUUUAUCAUAUCAUUUUAAAAUUACUAGUAUGCUUGACAAAAAUUUGUUUCAGUAUAAACAAGCAGUUAAGAUAUAAACAAUUUAUGCAUGCUGUGACUUGGUCUAUGGAUUUAUUCCAAAAUUGCUUAGUCACCAUGCAGUAUCUGUAUUUUUUAAUAUACGUAUUCAUAUAUACAUAAUGAUGGUAUUACAUAAGAUUAGAUGGUGUUACAUUAUUCCUGAUAAUAGGGAUAAUGCUUUUUAAGUGUCAACAGAGAAUAGUGUUGCUCUUUUCAGUUAAUGGCCCUUUUAUUUAGGGGACCAGGCUGUUCUUUUCCCUGAUAUCAUUUCUAUUUAAUAUUCUUUUCUUCUCUCAAGAAAAAAAAGUUCUUUCUUUCUUGAUUGUACUUCAGUAGUAGACCAGAUAUUGCUACUACAAUAUCUACACCUACUGUUGAUACAUACUGUAAUUUGACAUUCUGAAUCACUGACAUAUGAUAUUUAAAAUCUAUGUAUGCUUUAAAAGAAAUCAAACAUUACUUAAACUUCCUGCACUACAUAUUUCAAAAAACUAUACCUUAAUCCAAAUUUAGACCUAUUAGUUAUUAGGAUAUUCAAAUCCAGGUAAUAAGAAUAAUUCUGUAGUUUUAUUUUUUCUGUAAACAACUGAGAAUAAUUAGGUCAUAUUUUGGUAUGUUCUGAAAUAUUUAAGACUACUCUUAAAAACUGGUUUCUAAAAUGAUUGGGUCUUGUAGCAUACAGUUUAAAUUUACUUUUUCUAUACAUGUGUUUGAAACCACCUACUACAGAAAACGAGCUAUCCAUUAUAAGAAGUUGCUUUAUUUUUAUCAGCCAGUGCACUUAUUUGAAAUUUUUACUUUAGUCAGAUGAUUUUUAAAAUUAGUGUUUCUGUGCAAACAUAAAAAUUGCAGAGCCAGUGCAGUGGCACAUACCUGUAA